UUAUUCUCGCGAGCUUGGAGCUCGAUCCAUCAGCUGCGCUCGGCGGACCGCUCAUUUCGGACUGGGGAUGAUUUCUGCGCACACGCUGUUGCGCGUCUCUGGACAGAACUGCGGGUCAAAAUGUCAGCGCGUGCGCGCAGCCGCUUCUAGAUAAUACAAAAAAAAAAAAAACAUUAAACCAAAGAACUUUUGAUGUUUUUCUGCUCUUCACCGUGAGAAGUGACUGUCAAGUGAAGAAGUUACUCGUUACUGAGGUGGGCCACCUGUGACCUGAGAUCAUGGCCUACACACUGGCCUCGGCUCCUGGGGGUCAAACCCGCACCGUCGGACCACAGCACUGCGUCACUCGGGUGGAGUUGUCCGUCACAGCAUCCAGCCUGCUGGACCGAGAUGUAGCCUCCAAGUCGGACCCCUUCUGUGUUCUCUUCCAUGAGGUGGAUGGAAACUGGGUGGAGCUGGGACGUACAGAAACGGCGGUGAACAACCUGAACCCGGUGUUCGGGGUGAAGUUUCAUGUGGAUUAUCACUUUGAAGAGAUUCAGAAGCUUCGGUUCGCCAUGUUCGACGAAGACAAGUGCGCCACGCAGCUCUACGAGCACGACUUCCUGGGAGAAUUCAUCUGUACUCUGGGCGUGAUCGUGUCCAAUAAGAAGCUCCACAGACCACUGAUUUUAGCCAAUGGGAAGCCAGCUGGUAAAGGAUCCAUCACGAUAACAGCACAGGAGCUGUCUGACAACAGAAUCAUCACUCUGACCCUGAGUGGGCGGAAACUGGAUAAGAAGGACUUUUUUGGUAAAUCCGAUCCGUACCUGGAAUUCCACAAACAGGGAGAUGAUGGUAAAUGGAUGCUGGUGCACAGGACGGAGGUCAUCAAGAACACAUUAGAUCCAGUCUGGAAACCUUUCACUGUGCCUCUCAUUUCACUCUGCAACGGAGACAUAGAGAGAAACAUUAAGGUGCUGUGCUAUGAUUAUGAUAACGACGGAGGCCACGACUUCAUUGGAGAGUUUCAGACGACGGUCACCAAGAUGAGCGAAGCACAGAACUCCGUGGAGGUGGAGUUCGACUGCAUCAAUCCCAAGAAACAGAAGAAGAAGAAGAACUAUAAGAACUCGGGGGUCAUCAUUGUCAGGUCCUGUAAGAUCGCACACGACUACACCUUUCUGGAUUACAUACUGGGGGGGUGCCAGCUCAUGUUUACAGUGGGAAUAGACUUCACGGCGUCUAACGGGAACCCGCGAGAGCCGUCCUCCCUCCACUACAUCAACCCGCUGGGCAGCAACGAGUACCUCUCUGCUAUUUUAGCGGUGGGACAAAUCAUACAGGACUACGACACCGACAAAAUGUUUCCUGCUCUUGGAUUUGGAGCCCAACUCCCACCUGACUGGAAGGUGUCACAUGAGUUUGCCAUCAACUUUAACCCCACUAAUCCUUUUUGUUACGGUGUGGAGGGCAUCGCUCAGGCCUACUCCACCUGCCUCCCUCACAUUCGGUUCUACGGCCCGACAAACUUUUCUCCGAUCAUCAACCAUGUAGCGCGCUUUGCUGCUCAGGCCCUUCAGCAAGAGAAGGCAGCGCAGUACUUCACACUCCUCAUCAUAACAGACGGAGUGAUCAGCGACAUGGACGAGACUCGCCACGCCAUUGUGCAAGCCUCCAAGUUACCCAUGUCAAUCAUCAUCAUCGGCGUUGGCAACGCAGACUUCGCAGCCAUGGAGUUCUUGGAUGGAGAUGCCAGCGUUUUGAGGUCCAACACCGGAGAGGAGGCUGUUCGCGACAUCGUUCAGUUUGUUCCCUUUAGGGAUUUCCGUAAUGCGCCAAAGGAGACGCUGGCCAAGUCCGUCCUGGCCGAGCUGCCUCAGCAGGUCACCCAGUACUUCAAACAGAGGAAUCUACCGCCCAUCAACCCGGCGCCGGAGUGAAACGUUCUUCUCUGAAAACCAGAGCUCACACGCUGUACAUUAGCUUGACUUAACCUUAAAUCUUCUUGUUAAAGGCAAAAAGAGGAAAAAUGCAGAUAGAAAGGUGUGUAUGUCGGCUGUUUACCUCAUCGUCAUGGUUGCAGCUGAAUCUGUUGGUUUGGCGUGAGUCCAUCAGAAACACGAUGACGUGCCAGGGCUCCAGAUGAGGUGGAUUUGGUAUUUUUACGUGUUUGUUUAUUUUGCAUGUCCGUGUAUCGUGAUGAGACCACGUGGAUCUCUCUUGUGUAAAAGUUGUGGUUAAAUUCUCUCUGGUUUCCGUUCGGAUCUUUUUGAAAGCCCCGUUUCGUCCUCCAUCACAGGGGGCGAGGCUUUUACGUGACGCUUUGAUCAGCAGUCAUCAGAAGGCAAGUUUAAAGCUCAGAAACGAAGGAAUCAGAGGAGAGGGAGGCCGUGGCGGCAGCUGUAGCACCAUCACAGGAUCGCUCAGAGAACUCGUGAGAUGGAUUCACACGGAACCAGCCCUCGUGUUUUUCUUCUUAGCUCCUGCAGAUUCCUUGUGUUUCUCAUGCGUUGAGCUGAUCCUGCAUGUUGCCAGUAUUUACUCAGAUCACAAACGCAUGGUUUUUAUUUUUCAGCUGGUUGUAAAUAUAUUCUGAGCGGCACAUGACAAAGAUCCCAGAUCCAGACGUGUCUGAACAAACAGAAUCUUUCAGAUAUGCAUAUAUUGAAUGUAUAUUUCUAUCAUGCUGUUUCUGUAACACCUCCAUGCCAUGUUUAACGUACUUUUUAUGCAGUGCUGAAUUGUGUAAUUAAACUAUGUUGUUGUGCAUCUUUGAA